AUGUUUAACACUACUUCUCACAAGGCUCCUGCUGCCUUCCCUAGACAGCAUGGUGGUACAUUAUUGAGCACCGACCACUUAGAAUUGGCUUACGAGAAAUACACAACCACCGACAAUACCAUUCCGUCUGAUUUUAUUACCUUCAACUUGGUGUUUGUUCAUGGUAAUGGUAUGAACAAAUCGGUAUGGAAGUACUACGUUGGUAGGCUUUUCGAAUAUGCUGCAACUACUGGUAGGCUGGAAAAAUGGGCCAUCAAGUCGAUGGUGGCUAUGGAUGUUGCUGUCCAUGGAGAUUCCGCGAUAUUAAACAAAGGUAAACUUGGCUGGAUCUACCUGUGGGACGAUGGUGCUAGAGACAUCAAUGCUCUAGUUAAGCACGAACAGCAGAGUUCAGGUGAUUUCAUUCAAGAUCCAAGACACAGAAAUAUCAUAGUUGGACAUUCUUUAGGAGGAUGCCAGGCAUUAUUUGCAGUAAUUUUUGAGCCAACCUUGUACGAUUUGGCAUUUACAAUUGACCCGGUUGCUUACGUGACUCCGCAAGCCGGGCAAAAAUAUUUUAAGAUAUUACCGUUGCUUGAUAAGGUUUACCAUGAUACAUUCCAAAGUGAAAAGGAUUUAGAAAAGUACCUUAGAAGUGCAUUUUUGAAGAAUUUCCAUCCAGAAAUCUUGGAUGAUAUCAUUAAAGAUGAGAAGUAUUUUGAUGAAGAAGAUGGAUUGUAUAAGACCAAGGCAUCCAAACCUCAGCAAUUUGCAAUUUAUAUGGGGGGACCUGGUUCAAUCCCAAUUGUUAUGAAGUUGAUGUCAGCAAUAAGUACUCCAGUAGUCCACAUAGAGGCAUUGAGAGGGAAAUUCAAUGCACCCGGAACUUCUGACUUCAUCAGAAGUGCAAUACCCAAAGAAUAUCUCAAGACAAUUGACCUUGAUGGAGAGCACCUAAUCAACGGUGAAGAUCCAGAGAGUAUUUUAAAAUGUAUUAAGGAAAGUUUGAGUGAAAGAGCUGCAACGGCUGCAACGAACAUAUCUUCAAACUAUUACCCAGAAAUUGUCUAUAAUGGUGACAGAGAAAAGAUCUUCAAAAGUAAGUGGGAAAGUACAUUUGUCGCCAGAAAUUUUGGAACAGAUGCCAAACCGAAGAUCUGA